AUGGAAUCCGCCGACGUCGAAUGGGAACUUGAAGAGGGGAUCCCCCAGGUCAACGACCCCUUCAUCCAGCAAUACCUCAAGGGUCGGACCUCUCUUAUCGAGGAGGAGCAGAAGCAGCGUCAUGACUUUACCCUUCGAAAGUCCUUAUCGCCCAUAGCGAAGACAGCAUGCAAGAUCCUGUCCAAGAUCCGCGACCGGGAGUUGAUGCCCACAGGGCCCGCACCGUCGGACCCUCAUACUAGCCAUGCGUCGUCGGAAGAAACUCUACAUCCCGGCGGUAGGUUGCACAACGCUAGGGAUCGGAUGGAGACUACCGAGCUCUGGAAGAUCCUGCAGAGACUGCCCAAGGGCUCCUUUCUACAUGCGCAUUUAAAUCUCAUGUUUGAUGCCGACUUUCUCGUCGAUCAGGCUCUCGCGACGGAGGGCAUCCACAUAGUUGCGCCCGAAGCGCUCUCAACCCAAUCACGCCGCGACGAAAUCCCCUUCACUGUCCGUUAUAUCUCCAGCCCAGCGGGCGGAUUGGAUACUGGAACAUCCUUAUGGACUUCUUCUGGGAAUUCUCGUUUCCUGGCGCCCGUCGGCCUACAAUUGGCGGCCUCUUCGUUCCCCGACGGUGAAGAAGGGUUCCGUGACUGGUUGAAGAGUCGCUGCGUGCCGCUACGCGAGCCCUCCGUUUACACACAUGAUAAUUCUGGACCUGCUGCGGUUUGGGAUGCCUAUCGCCGCUCGACGUCCGUUAUUUCCUCUCUCCUCGGCUACGAGCCUAUUUUGCGCGCGGGCCUACGCCGCCUGUUCGCCAAAUUGGCCGCCGACGGGGUUAGGUAUGCGGAACUACGGACUGAGUUUUUCCAUCCCUUUUACAGGAUAGGGUGUGCCGAGCCCGAAGAGGGGUUUACCGACUGGUGUAGAGUGUUUCAGGAAGAGCUUAUGAGGUUCAAAAGUACGGGAGAAGGGCAAUCAUUCCAUGGUGCUCGCGUGAUUUGGACAGCUACGGGCGUCUCAUCCAACAAAGACUUGGCAGAGAGCAUGAUGAACUGUAUCAUAGCCAAGCAAGAUUUCCCGGACGUGAUCUGCGGGUUUGACUUGGCAGCACAAGAAGGCCCCAAAGGACAGCUUGUGGAUUUCGUCCCACUGAUGUUUUGGUUCCGAAAGUUGUGUCUUGAGGAAGGAGUAGACAUACCCUUCUUUUUCCACGCAUCAGAAUGCGAUACACACGGGGAGAAUCCCAGCCACAACCUUUUUGACGCCAUCCUGCUGGGAGGUCGGAGAAUAGGGGACGGGGUAUCACUCUAUGAACAUCCUAUGCUCAUCGAGUUGAUCAAGGAGAAGAAGAUGUUGGUUGAGCGCUGUCCUAUCUUCAACGGACGUCAUCGACUGGCAGAUCCGAUCGGAUCCAAUUCUCUUCCCUUUCUUUUGUCCCGUGGAGUUCCCGUCUCGCUGGGCAGCGACCUCCAGGCCGCCCUCGGACACGGCUGGAAUGGAUUGACACCGGAGAUUUGGCGGGCGCUCCAGGGCCCUGAACGUCUGGGGAUUACAGACAUUGCCAUCUUGAUCGAGAAUUCCAUCCGAUGGAGCAGCUAUGAAGAUCAGCCGACAGCAGGAUGGCUGACGGGAAUUCGCGAGGGGGUUCUGGGCGAAGGGAUAAAAGCAUCCCGGUUGCAGGAGUGGUAUGCGGACUUUGAGAAGUUCUGCGAGUGGGUGGCGCUCGAGUAUGCAGAAGUUGAUAUUGAUGAUUGA